AUGGUGGCAAUUCCCUCUUUGGUAACUGGUGCUUUCUGCACUUUGCAAGCAGACCCCAAGAUCAAGGCACCGAUACGGCAUGUGCUUAUCCGAGACCUGUCCAAGGUAGCGGCGGCGACCAAGCAGCCAUGGCCACUGAAGGAUCCUACAGCACUACUACUGGCCUUUGAUGGAGACCCUGGUGCGGCGGAGCAUUGUGCUAAACAUUUGCAUGCUCGGCUGCUGAGGCGUCUGAAGAGUGGGGAGGACCCCAAGGCGUUAAGUGCUGCUUUAAGCAGCGCUGUGCUGGAUCUUGACGCAGACCUGCGGGACCAACGUCCCGGUGCUCCUGGUUGCAGUGGUGUCGCAGCACUCUUUGUCGGCCACCAGCUUUUCGUGGUCGUGGCAGGUAGCUGCGUUGGCACUCUUUGGGGCAAAGGCCUUGUUGCUGCUGCUACGGCAUCGAAGAGCGGCAGUGAGAUUGGGAAGGAUGGUGUGCUGCGGCGCUGCUCGCAGGAGACCCCUGAGCAGAAGCGUGCCAAGAGUUUGAUGCGUCUUCGGGCGCGCACCCCUGUGCAGCAGAUUGGCGGUUCAGUGGCGCUGCCCGGCGGGAAGCGCCCCGGCUCCCAGGCCGUGGCCGCCGCGGGGGCUGCCGCGGUGAAGGCGCAAGCGGCGGCUGCGGCGGGCGGAAAGGCCGCAGAGAAGCUGCGUUUGGAGGAUUUGCUCUCAGAGGUCAUCGAGCUGCAGCCUGGUGAUCAUUCGCUGCUCAUACUGGGCACUGCCGGACUAUUUGCAAGUGGCUUUACUCCCCAGGAUAUCGGUGCGAUUGCUGAGGCAUGCGUGCCGGAUGCAGCCAAAGCCAGCCAAGUUCUUUCUGAGCAAGCAAAGGAUCGCUUGAAAGAGGCAUCCAAGGGUGAGGCCAAUUGGGUGCAGCAGGAGAAGGCGAAGGCAUCAGAGGUGGCCACUGUGGCAGCUAUCUUUUGCUGGGAAGGAGAAGAGUUGCCGGAGGCCAAGAAGCCGCGGCUGGAAUAA